AUGUUGCUUACCCGGGGAAUAUUAGCAUCCGCGCUCCUGAGCUCAUCAGUGCUCGGCCACCUUCACAACUUUUACACUGGAUUCUACAGUGGCAACUCGUUAUAUGGCAUACAAUUUGAUGACGUCUCGUCCGAGCUGAGCGUUGUCUACAACGGGUCGUUGGAUAUGCAGAGCUCUCAGUGGAUUGCUACUGACGAAGGGCAUCGCAAUCUCUAUAUCGCAGAUGAUACCAAAUACGACAGUUAUUCCAUCCGCGCGGACAAAUCUCUGGUCUAUAAAGGAAGCGCGUCUAUCCCAGGGAGCUGUGACACCGCGCUGUACAUUGUUGGUUCGACCAAACCACCCUUCACUGCCUUUGGUGCUUCCUACGCAGAAGGUUGCCCAGGCCAAGUCAUCAAAGUUGAUGAAACAGGAACACUGAAGUCGGUUGUGGCGAACAUACCGUACAGCAGCAUUGCCGGUGUCCAUGGGCUCGCUCUUAGCGCAGACAACAAAUUCAUUUACAGUGCCGAUGACAUGGGUAGUGCUGUGUGGGUUCAUUCCUAUGAUGCUGUCAGCAACAAGGUGUCCGCGAUCCAGCAGCUGAAUGUUACUGGGCAGCCGAGGCAUGUUACCGUUCACCCGAAAGGAUCUUACGUCUAUGUGGUGCUUGAAAUUAGCAAUGAGGUGGCUGUCUUCAACAGGGAUCCAGUCAGCGGACGUCUCUCUGGAAAUACUACUUACUCACUUCUUCCGUCUGGACACUCUAGUACAGUGACAUACUGGGCCGACGAAGUCAUUCUCUCAGUUGCACAAGAAGGGAGCAAUCCAAAGUAUCUCUUCGCAUCGACUCGCGCUCUGAAUACCACCACCGAGACGGGUUUCGUGUCUGCAUUCUCCCUUGAUAGUGUGACGGGCGCAAUCAAGGAUAGGCUCUUCUUGUUGCCGACAACUGCGUCUGGAGGUGGUUCCAAUGCAGUUUCUCCGGCUAUUUUCUCGGAGCAGUACUUUGCGAUUGCGGAUGCAGGAGACAACUUCGUCGAGGUUUGGAAGCUGAAUGAAAGUGGCAGUACGGCCUCCAUGGUGGCUCACUUGGAUAUUGAUGAAAGUCCAUCAAACAUCGUCUGGAUGGACUAA